UUGGACAACAGGGAAGUGAUGACCUUACAGAUCAUUAUGACUUUAUUCUCAUGUUAACGCCCAUAAAUAACAUAUUAUUUUUAUGAUGGAAAAACUGGUGUGUAUGUGUGAUGCUGUGAGGACCCACGUGUUGAAACAGAAGAAACCCACGGACCCACUCAGACAGAUUUAAGUGGAGUCAGAUGAGAUGGACACAACCUGAAUGAGUCCACAGAUGAUCACACACACACACACACACACACACACUGGAGAUGGGUGCACGCGCUACCUCCUCCUGCCUCCGACGCUUCUCCACACACCUCCACAUCACUGAGGGGGGGUCUGCGUGGGUGGACUGUCCACGGAUCACUGAGGAGGCGUCUCUCUACAUCCACUGGCCUUACUGUCUCAGACGAUGCUCCUACUGCAACUUUAACAAAUACAUAUCCAGAGCCGACAACAACCACGUCAUGACCCAGUGCCUUCAGAAGGAGACGGAGACCCUGCUCUGUCUCAGUCAGGUGUCCCGCAUCACCUCGGUGUUUUUCGGUGGUGGGACCCCCAGUUUGGCACCCCCGUCCACUAUUGCUGCAGUGCUUGAAACUGUCUCCAGACAUGUUUAUUUACCUCCAAAGGCCGAGGUGACAUUAGAAGUGAAUCCAACUCCUGCGGGACGGUCCAAGUUAGAGGACUACUGCCGUGCUGGGGUGAACCGGUUCUCCGUUGGGGUCCAGUCUUUGCAGGAUGCCGACUUGAAGCUCCUGGGCAGAGAUCACAGCUCCGUCGAGGCUUUACAAACUCUAGAAGAGGCUCAGAGGUUGUGUCCCGGUCAGGUGUCUGUGGACGUCAUGUUUGGUCGUCCCAAGCAGGGUGUGGAAUCCUGGGAGAAGGAGUUGUGUGAGGUGCUGAAGGUGUGCGAUGACCACGUGUCUUUGUACCAGCUGACCCUGGAGCGAGGCACCCAGCUCUUUAAACAGGUGCAUCGUGGGGAAGUGACGAUGCCCGCAGAUGACAUAACAGCAGAGAUGUAUGAACGCGCAAGGGUGACGCUGCAACAACACGGCUUUGCGCAGUAUGAAGUGUCAAACUUUGCAAGAAAUGAUGCAGUGAGUCUUCACAAUAUGAGGUACUGGAGGGGGAGGCAGUACAUUGGUGUUGGACCAGGGGCUCAUGGGAGAUUUGUUCCACUGGCGGAUGGAGGUGUUCUUCGUGAGGCCCGGACUCAGACUCUGGAACCUGACGUCUGGAUCCAUGAGGUCCAGCAGAGAGGACACGGGACACGGAGGCGGAUUCAGCUCGGUCAUCGUGAACUAUUGGAGGAGGUGUUGGUGAUGGGGUUGAGAAUGACCGAAGGGAUUAGUCACAAGCACUGGCAGUUGUUCAGCCCUGAGCUCGGCCUUCAGGAAGUUUUGGGAACAUCUGCUGAUAUUCAAAACCUGUUACAAAGUGGACGACUGAUCCUUGAUGACAGAGGCCUGCGCUGCUCAUGGGACGGCCUGGCUUUAUUGGACAGCAUACUGCCCACUCUGCUGUUGGAGCUGGAGAGAAAAAUCCCCAACCCACAGAAGACCCACUCAGAGCUUCCUAAAGAACAAGCACAGAAGACUUACAACCCGUUGUCAUAGUAAUGGAACACCUAAGGACGAUAUGACUGAAUGUUACAGCGUUGAUUAACUUAAAUUACUAUAAACUUGAUUAGUGUUUAGGCUCUUGUUUUCCCUUUUUCGACUCUUAGAUUUGUUGUCACGUUCAUUUUUAUUGCUUUAUUUGACAGGGACUGUACAGAUUAGUCAACAUUGCUAUAAAAUAUGCCAGAAUUAGACAAAAAGUUAUAUUUUCUUCUGUUGCCGCUGACAGGUUUCACUAAAAACCCUACUAUAGGAUUAAAUUCACAAUUAUGUUCAUGAUUUAAAGAGGAAAUAAUAACAGAAUACAUACAAUACACAUGCACACAUCAUAUAAAACAUGCAGGAAAAAGACAUACCAUUAUAACCACUAUCAGACAAACUGAGUUUUAGUGACAGAACUUAUAAUGGUUAAAACAUCUGGUUAAAUGUGCCUUAAAUAUACUGUAUGAAUCCAGAUCUCUGACAAUAGAUGACAUGGAGCUCCACUCUAGUGCAGCUAUAACAGAGAAUGCAGACGGACUCAAGGUACCUUUUUUUUUUUUUUUUUUUGCAGUAUUACAUCACCUCUUAUGAAACCAUAUGCAGUUUUUCUUAUAGUGACAAACUUCUUUCUUAAUACACAACUCAAGCUGUUUAUAAUCAUGUACAUAAGACAAACAUCAAUAUACUGAAUUAUGUUUUCCAAAAUCAGCAGAUUAUAUUUUUAUAUUUUGGACAAUGAUGAAAAUACACUGAUGUCCUGUCUGUUUAUAUAGAAAUUAUCAUGGUUUUAGAGUAGUAACAAACAUGGGAGAUGACUACUGAAUGCAUGUACGUCUCAGUGGCCUCAACUGACAUGUAACCUCGAAUAAAUCUGACAUUUUAUCUUAAUUUGACAGUUACAGAUUGAACUUGAAUGCUUUAACACUGAUAUAUAUUUCAGACACCUCAAAAUAUACAUUAUUAUAUCCUCCUGAGACUCAGCAAUACAUUUUUGUUCUCUGUAGUGGACAAGAGUUUCACAGCUUUACUAAAAAAAAAAAAA